CAUUCAGGUUAUUUGUCUGGUUUAGUGUCUUUGGAUGCGUACAGGAAGUGCAGGAUGUGGAAGCUUGCUGUUCUUUUUCUCACAGCCCUGUUUGCUGUCGGCUUUGGUCAAAUGCCAGGAGGUGUGACGGAUAUAGACAUCAACGAUGAAGGAGCCCAAUUUGCUCUGAACCAUGCUAUGGAGAAAUACAACAGAGACUCCAAUGACGUUUACCUCUACAAAGUGGUGAAGGUGAUCAAGGUUCAAGGACAGGUGGUGGAGGGGUACAAGUACAUUAUAACUGUACGAAUUGCAAGAACCCUGUGCAGGAAGGACAGUGUGAUUGGAUUGUGCUCCAUCACAAAUCACCCUAACGUUAAGAUUUUCCUUUGCAAAUUCGUCGUGUGGAGCCGUCCAUGGCUCAAUGAUUGGCAGGUGCUAGAAGCAAAGUGCCAUUAGAAAACCAAAAUGGAGGUCCUGAUAUCUUCAAAAUUGCCUUUAGAAAUGAAAAUAUUCUUUUUCUAAAAGUGCAAAACUACAACGGCAUCCGAACAAUAAAACCUUUAAUUCAAAAA